AUGAUGUGCAAUGGACAAUUUCUGAAUAAGUCACCUGAUGAUGCUUGGAGUUAUUUCGAUUCACUAGCUGAAAAUUCCCAAAAUUGGGAUACUUCAGGCACAGCGGAUAGGAAUAAGUCCAAACCCUUAGCUAGCUCUAGGCCUGGAAUGUAUGUGUUGAGUGAGGAAGAUGAUUUGAAUGCUAAAAUUGCUAGCUUGCAUAGGAAAGUUGAUGCUAUUCAAAACCAAAUGGAGAAAGGGACAUUUCCUGCCCAAACUCAACCUAACCCGAAAGGCCAAUUUGAGGUUAAAAAUUCUAACUUGGAGCAAGCUAAUGUUGUCACCACUCUUAGAAGUGGUAAGGUGAUUGAGACUCCGAUGAAGGUGAACGAACCUGAGAAGUCUCCGAAGCUUAAGAGUAGUCACAGUGAUAUUCAAAAUGAGCAAUCUGAAAUUGAUAAGAAAACGCAUGUUCCAUUUCCUCAUCGUUUGUUGUCUACUAAACAGUUGGCUGAUAAUAAGGAUAUCCUUGAUGUUUUUCAACAGGUGAAGAUCAACAUACCUCUCUUGAGUGUGAUUAAGCAAGUUCCAGCUUACGCCAAGUUCUUGAAGGAUCUCUGCACGGUCAAGAGGAAGCACAAUGUGCAGAAAAAGGCAUUUCUCACGGAACAGGUAAGUUCUAUUCUUAAACACAACACUCCUCCCAAAUAUAAAGAUCCGGUAUGCCAUACUAUUUCUUGUAUAAUAGGGAAGUUCGAGAUCAAACAAGAACUUAUGGAUUUGGGAGCUAGUGUAAACCUCCUACCGUUCUCGGUGUAUCAGCAGUUGGGAUUAGGUGAAUUAAAACCCACCCCAGUCACUCUAAAACUUGCAGACAUAUCAGUUUAA